AUGACUGUGUUCCGCUCUGCACUCCAUGCUCUGAAUGUCAACAUUGAAUGUGUUCAUAGACAAGAUGACAAUCCAUCAAUCUGCCCUGCUUGUCAUAAAUGGUUAGGCUCUUCACAAGGAGUUGCAGCUCACCUUUCCACUGCUAGGUCCUGUCAAUGGUACAAGAAGGGUAAGAUGAGGGCAUUGACCCUUCCAGGACAAUUCAGUCUGGACGAUGAGGUAGAGAUGGGAGAAGUGGAUGAACCACUUCCUGCUGAAGGGGAUGAACCGCUUCUCGCCCAAGGGGAUGAGAUGAUUGACGCAGCUGAUCCCACACAGGUCAUGCAGGAUUUCCAAGAUCGGCUCUUCGAUCUUGUUCCUAUACCAUCCCAUUCUCCUGACCUACAACAUCCCAGACACGAUCCUGAUGAAAACAUUGACCUGCGAAUUGAAGUCCCCCACCCCACAGCUGGACGAGUUAUACGUAUGGAUGAAACAGUACACCAGAAGUGGAGGAGGGAGUUUUCUGGAACUGAUGAGGAAGGAGAUGUGUCUAUGGAGGAUGUUGGACUCGGAGAGGGAUCAUCAGCUGCAGUCAAUAGGUUCGCACCUUUUGCUUCUGAGCUGGACUGGAGGGUGGCCUGCUGGGCGAUUCGGGAUGGCAUAGGGCACAAGUCUUUUGACAGACUUAUGGCCAUACCUGGAGUCGCUGAGAAGCUUGGUCUGUCGUACCAGAACAUACGUGGCUUACACAAGAUUGUUGAUGAAGUACCUCCUUGUGCUACAUGGAAGAAGCGAGAGCUAUGGUUCAAGAAUGACCUGGAAGAUAAGCACAUAGUCCAUCACCAGUGA